UAUAUUGUCUAACUUAUUGUUAUCAAUCCACAUAACAUUAGCAUCCACUUCUCGCAUUUCUUUUAUGUUCGCCUUUAUCGCUAACUCAUUUUAUUUUCUGACGUCAUGAAUGGCUUCAUUAUAUUCUCGUCUCCACUAUUCUUAAUUUUUCUCCCCUUUAUCAUUGUCGCUAUCUCUUUUUCAAUAUAUACUAAACACUUCCCUGUACUACGUUUUCUACUAUUAUCAUAUACACAUCCUUUACAAUCCACCAAAAACGGUGAAUUAGUUUUUCAUUCACAUCUCCAAAUCUUUAUGUACAAUUACCACUUCAUCAUAAUUUUUACUUUUCGAUCUUUUUGUUUUAAUACUAAAUAUAUUAUCCUCCCCUUUUUUCCACAUCACCAUCUCUUUAUUGCUUUCUUUCCUCGUACUUGGUGGUAACACUUUUCUUAGCGUAAUUUCUCCUUCGUUAUAUUUUUUCAAAAUCACGUAAUUAUUUUUGAUAGACUUAUUGUCCUUUUCGUAUCCAUCACUUUUUCACUCAAUUUUUUGUACCAUAAUGGUUCUAGCUCUGCAGAUAAAUUAUUUUUUGCCAAAAAUGUGACCAUUUCAUCAUCCUAUUUGUAUACGG